CGAGAGAAGUCCUGUAGUCUAGAAUGAGAGGAGAGGAUGGUAGAGGACACAAGGAGCAGGUUCAGUUAUUCAGACAAACAGAUAUGGGAGACUAUGCCCAGUGUGAGUUGCAUGCUCGUUGCCCUAAGUGCCAGCAGCUGUUUUCAGGGCCUCGGAUCCUGCCUUGUCUGCAUACAGUGUGUGCCCCCUGCCUACACAAGCUGGAGCCCCUCAGUACCCUGGGGAGUAGGGAGGACUGGGUGACCCAGCAGAGCUUUCUUUGCCCUGUGUGUGACACAGAGGUGUUGCUGCCCGCAGGUGGGGUGGGGGAGCUGAUCCCUGACUUGCUGGCAGAGGGAGAGGUGCUACUGGAACAGCUAAGGAUUGGAGGGCACCAGAUGGCAUGUGACCUGUGUGGUGAUGGGCGGGCAGAGAAAAGGUGCCAGGACUGCAGUGUCAACGUGUGCGAGUUCUGCUGCCAGGCUCACAGGCGUCAAAAGCGCACAGCUGGACACAAGCUCCUACCUUUACGAGACUUACCUCCAGGUUCCUCGCUUGCCCCUACACCUUGCUGCUCUGAUCACCCCUCUGAGGUGCUGCGCUUGUACUGUAAGUCCUGUGCUCUGCCUUCCUGCCGUGACUGUGCUCUCAUCCAGCAUCAAGGACAUGUUCUCCAACCUAUAUCUGAGGCCAUAGGGAAGCACCGAGAGCAGAUGGAUAAGGCCCUUAGGGAAACUGAUCCACAGUUGGGAGAGCUGGAGGUCACACUUGGUAAAGUAAGCAAAGCUAAGGAGUCCUUGAGACAAAGAGCUGAUAUACUGCGGGAGGAGGUUGAGGCUUUUACAGAGGGGUAUGUUCAAGCAGUGCAGGAGCACAAGACCCGACUUCUGAAGGACAUAGAUGAAGAAGUAAGACAGAGGACACAAGCCUUGAGCCUACAAGGAGCACGUCUACAGCAGAAGCUCUCAGACCUAAGGACUGCUACAAGCUUUACCCAGAGCUUGCUAGGUGGUGGCCCAGACCUGCAUCUGCUCAGAGUUCAAGGCCUUGUAUUGAGUCGUCUGAGGGAGCUAAGAAGAGGGGAGACCAGGACUGCAAACUUAGAGGAAGUCAAAGAGAUCACAUUCAGGCCCCAAGAAGCCGCUGGUCUAUUUCAGGGAUAUCAGAUGUAUGGUGCAGUGAAACGCGUAGGUGCUGAUCCACAAAGAAGCGAAAUCUUGCGUGAAGGUCUCUCACCAGUGCUUCAGGGACAAAGCUGCAGAUUCACACUGAUCUGUAAAGAUGCAUCCGGGGAGCUCCUGGGGCACGGGGGGGACCAGCCUGACAUCAGUGUGAUACAUAAGCAAUCAGACAGAUCCAUAAAACCCUCAGUCCUGGACAACCACGAUGGGACAUACCAUGUGUCAUACACCCCCACAAAUCCAGGAGAGCUUUCUGUCGGUGUGCGUGUGAGAGGCCGGCAUAUACAGGGCUCACCAUUCACAGUGACAGUGCAGGGCCGGUCUCGCCAGCACCCGGGGAUCUUCCAUUGCUGCACCUUCUGUUCCAGUGAAGGGCAAAAAGAUGCACGCUGCGGCUGUGGGGGCACUAUGCCUGGUGGGUACAAGGGCUGUGGUCAUGGCCACAAGGGGCACCCAGGCCGCUCCCACUGGUCAUGCUGUGGUUGCACUGUUGAGAAAUCAGAGUGUAGGGGUGUUAAGGACACGCCUCCACGGAGCCUGCUCAGGACAGUAGCAUUGUGAUGGGGAUUCGUUUGGGGUUCUGUGGCCCCCAGUCACUACCUCAGGAUAUUUGUGAAAGUUCCAAGCAUGCACAGUUGUAGACAAACAGCUAAAAGGAGUUUAAAACAGACCUAUACCGAGCAGAGACUUCCUGCAAGACGAUUUACUAAUGAACAUUAACAUAAAACAAGUCGUUAUGGUGACUGUUCUUCAAGGCUAAAGCAGAGAUUGUCAUUGUCAGAUCUCAGAGACAGGUGCUACUGUAUAUGGAACAGAACAAGUUGGCACCUUGUUGGGUGCGUUACCCAUAACACAUUUUACAAGUGUUAAGGGGACAAUGCUAACUACAUGUUUAAACACAUAGCUAACAUCCUGCUCACUAAAACCAGCACAUAUCUGCUCCAGAUAAGACCUGGGACUGGCAGCUACAUGUGUAUGCUGCGGAGCUGUAAAGCACUGUAGAUGCAGAGUGGUCAAAGGGACAUUAAAGGGACAGUGUACUGUAAUUUUUUCCCAAUGAUCCUUUUUACCUGCUGGAGUGUAAUAAAUCAUUUACAAAUA